CUGAUAAAAAUAUAUUUAGAUUGUAAAAGAUGGCCUUCAGUACAUUUCUUAUGGAAGAUAUCAGUCUAUUCAUUAUUGCUCUAUGCGCUGUAUGUUUACUUAAAUAUAUUUUCAUCAUAAAUGAAUGCAUAAAAUGUACAAAUUAGUGUGUAAAGAUUCACCAGAAUGCAGGAAAUUACGUAGUUGAUACUCUAAAUGUGUGUGUGUCCCGGCACUGGUGGUGGGGCCCAAAGUGAUAUCUUUUCAUGGGGCCCAAAAUCCCUGGCAGCGCGCCUGACUGUCUAUAAAGGAGUCAGAGGGUAUUCUAACUGAAGAAUGGCUUAAAAUUCCUGGCAUUGAGGCUGUAAUUGCCGCAAAAGAUGGACCUACACCAUAUUACAACAUAUAAAUGAGUUUUAAUCGAUUUUUAAAGAUGUUUUCAUUAUUUUGUCCAACACCUGUACUGUCUGUUAAAAUUCAAUUCAAACACUUUACCCUCAAUUUAAAUCCAUUCACUGCUAUUGACGGCGAUACGCGUCCAUUUUCCAUGAUACAAAGUUCAAAUAGAUUGGAAAUAGAUCGAACGUCUAUCGUCGUUAAUGGCAGCAAAAGAGUUGCAGACUUUCCUAGUGUCCCAAAGUUUAUGCCUGCUCAUCCCACCUCACUCUACUCCGGGACCAAUGCCAAGUUCAGGUUUUGUUACCAUGGCAACCUGGUUCUAUGUCCAAGUGAAGUCAAGUCAUCAUCAAGUUUAUCACUGGUAGACGUCCAAUUCAUUCGAAGCGGGUGGAUGGCAGCGAAUGAACAUCCGUUCAUUCGCUGCCAUCCAUCCUCCCACUUCGAACGGACUGGACAUCUAUCGCUUUCAGUGGCAGCCAAGGAGUUAAAAUGCCUUCAAUUAUUCACAAUUCCAAAGUCUCUGCAAACCGGCGAACAAAUCUUCCGAGCCGACUUCCGUGCGGUGACAGAAUAUGUCUGUUGAUAUCUCAUUCUCAUCGUGCUACACUGCUCAGAGCGACACGGGGAAGGGAUGGCGUUUAUUAGGAUUCAGCCCGCUUUCCAGCUUGCUGCGAAAAAAUAGAUAAGAGCGGUAGGAACAAGUUGGAUAAAUAAACAGAUCAUGUGCCAUAUAAUUAACCUCUGCGGAUCUUUGACAGGCUCCGAAAAUGCUUUGGGCGUAAGAGGUGGGAACGGGGAAGCAGAACUCGGCCCUUGUUUCUGACCUCAAUAGGUUGAGAUUUAUUGGUGAUAUAGGUGACAAAUUGGAAGAAUAACAGUGGGACUUGGAAGGGAAAAAAGACUGGCCAGUCACAUUUAGCUGUGUUAGGGUUAGUGUGGCUUGUCCCCGUGAUUACCCAUUGAUUUCACCUGGUUUACCUGCUCCUUGUGUGUUGACCAAUCCGCUGCCUCUUGUGUCCUCACCUGUGCCUCAUUGUCUCGUUAUCCCAUGUCUGUAUUUAAGUUCUCAAUGUGCUGUCUGUUCUUGUUGCAUCAUUUUCCUUUAAUACGCCCAACCCAUCAUGUUGAAAUUCCUCUUUGUUUGAUACCUUUUCGUUUGAUCCCCUGGUCUUUUGUUUGAAGUUUGUAUUUUUGUUAACUUAUUAAAGCAUUUUGAGUUCCCACACAUGCUCCCUUGCCCUGCUUUGUUUUCCCUGCGAGUGGGUCCACAACGUCCUUGAAACCCUGACAAGCUGAGACGGAAAGGAGCUGCACAGAUUCCAGUGGUGAGUCAGAACCUGGUGACGGACAACGUGUCAGUGGUGGAGGGCGAGAUGGCUAUCAUCAGUUGUCGGGUGAAGGACAACGACGACUCAGUCAUCCAGCUGCUCAACCCCAACAGACAGACCAUUUACUUCCGAGACAUGAGACCGCUAAAAGACGCUCGCUUCCAGCUGGUCAACUUCUCCGACAAUGAGCUGCGUGUGUCGCUUUCCAACGUGUCUCUGUCAGACGAGGGCCGUUACGUUUGCCAGCUGUACACCGACCCGCCACAGGAGGCCUACGCCGACAUCACCGUGCUGGUACCUCCAGGUAACCCCAUCAUCGAUGCCCGCGACGAGGUGCUGAGUGAGGGCAACGAAACAGAGAUGACUUGCACCGCCAUGAGCAGUAAACCCGCCGCCGCCAUCAGAUGGCUGAAGGGUGAUAAGGAGCUCCCAGGAAAGCCCAAAGUAGAACUGACUUACGAUAGGAUGUACACGGUAACCAGUCGCCUCACGUUCACCGUCAACAAGGAGGAUGACGGUGUGCCCGUGGUUUGCAUCGUGGACCACCCAGCGGUCAAAGACUUUCAAGCGCAAAAAUACCUGGAAGUCCAGUACAAGCCCGAGGUUAAGAUCAUGGUCGAGUUUCCUCAGGGUCUAACGAGAGAAGGAGAGAACCUGGAACUGACGUGUCAGGCCAAAGGCAAACCUCAGCCACAGCGAGUGAACUGGGUGAAAGUCGACGACGACGUUCCGUCCCACGCCGUCAUCACUGGGGCUGACCUGUACAUCGAAAACCUCAACAAAUCCUACAACGGAACGUAUCGCUGCGUGGCGGCCAACUCUUUGGGGGAGUCUUAUGACGACUAUGUCCUCUACGUAUAUGAUGCUCUCACCACCACCCCCACACCCACCACUGCCACCACCUUCAUCACCUCCUCCUCCCUCCACCCCGAAGCCAGUCAAGACACUGCGCCCAGCACUGAACCUGCAGCUCAUGACUCUCGAGCCGGCGAGGGAGCUCCCAGAACGGUGGACCAUGCCGUGAUCGGGGGAGUCGUUGCUGUGGUGGUCUUCGCCAUGCUCUGUCUACUCAUCGUCUUGGGACGUUACUUUGCGAGGCACAAAGGUACCUACUUCACGCACGAAGCCAAAGGUGCAGACGACGCGGCAGACGCCGACACGGCCAUCAUCAACGCCGAGGGCGGCCACACCAACUCCGACGAAAAGAAGGAGUACUACAUCUAAUCAAAGCAGGACCCCGACACCUUUCGUGUCCUCUUUGGGACGCAGCUGUUUCUGGGGGGACUCGGGGAUUGGGGGGGGCGGGAUUUAGGGAUGAUCUGAGAUGGAUCAAGAUCACCUUUAGCGGGUUUUAGAUGGGUGUUCAAAGAAAAGCCGUUUGUCUAGUCUAGUCGGCAGAUGUGGGUUGGAAUGUUUUAUGUGCUUGACAAAAAAAAUAAUCAAAAAGUAAAAUGAUUUUUAGGACACGGACAUGGAGGGUUGGAUGGGGGGGUUUGGGGUGUCAGAAAAUCACCGUAAAGAGCUUCACCCUUCAGCACCUACCUAACUACACAGUUUUUUUUCUUGUUGUUGUUGUCAAGUACCAACCGUUUGCAGAAAAUUCUGUGCCUUGUUCGGAUUUUAUUUUGGGGUUGCGUUUACAACUCCCCCCCUCUCAAAAAAAAAAAUGAUAAAACCGCCACCUCCCGCUAGCCCCUUAACACUUUCUCCUUAAUGUGUCUACACAUUUCAGAACAACAAUCCAGUAUACUGUGAUAUAGCGCCAACCCAUUAUGUUCCCUUCUUGGAAAAAAAAAUGCAUGGAAUGCUUUUCCAUAUCAUUGUACAUAAUAAUGAGGAAGAAUUAUGGACUGUAGAUGCCCCCCCUCCACUCGAGCCUCCUCACGCCAUUUGCAAACACGAUCACUGUCAAGAGUAUAAUCAAAAAGAAGGCAGCAAAAAAAAAAAAAAAAGACAAACAAAUUUUUUUUUUUAAAGAAAUUCCUGAUCCGUUUCUGGAAGCUAUCGUUGUUAGCUAAAUUGGCUGGGUUUACCGAAAGUUUAGCCCUGCAAUUUAGGGUAUAUUAACUCUUGCAGCGCCAUCGACAAUGAUAGAUUUCCAAUCAUGUGGCUUUUUUCAUGCCUCUACUAUGAGUUUGUCACAAAUCUUCAAUCCAUUCGAACUGGGAGAAGUUCAUUAAAUGCAGUUCAGAUGGAUUAGGAUGGAUCUAACAUCGUCGUUGAUGCUUGAAUAUACAGUACAUUGAACAAAUAUACAUCAAAAGGCAUUGAGGGAAUACAUAAGAACAUAAUAAUAAUUAUACAUGUAUGUAGGGCUGCAGCUAUCGAUUAUUUUAGUAGUCGAUUAAUGGAUGAACUAGUUAGUUCGAAUACUCGAGUAAUUGGAUAAGGAACAGAAAUUAAAAUACUUGAGCUAAGCCUCAAACGGUAGAAAAAAAUUAAUAAAGACAACAAAAGAAAAAUAUCAAACUUACAUAGCAAAAGUUCGCUAGCUUAAAUGCUAUAAAAUGCUAACUAUUUUUUACAGAACUUUUAACAAAUGGUUCAAAGACAUUCUCACAAAAAAACGGCUAAAUACUAUACCUAUAAACUAAAUUACGAAUGCAUUAAAAAACAUUAGCACAAACAAAAACUUAGCUUAUGUUGGUCUUAACAGGGAGCAGCUGGAUUAGGCCAUGUGAAAUGAGUUAUGUCAUAUUCACUGUCGCCACUAGAGGGCAGUGCAUCCACCCAAAUUAAUUAAACUAAAUGCAAACACUUUUAAAACAAACCGUUACAAUGCCACUUUGAUUAAACUAAUACUCGAGGCAGCAAAAUUUAAUUCAAAUCUUUUUUCUAAUCGAAUUACUCGAGGUAAUGGAUUAAUCAUUGCAGCACAAUAUGUAUGCAUAUGUUUAUAUUAAUCCUAAAAUAAUAGAAAAUGUAUUAAAUUAAAAAAAUACAAGAAUAAUAACUUUAAAAUUAAAAAUAUAAUCAGAAAGAGAAAUGCAUUCAUAAAAUCUAUUCUUUUUUUUAAACAUAUACAGUACUGUGCAAAAGUCUUAGGCAGGACACCUGCCUCAAACUUUUGCACAGUACUGUAUAUAUUUUUUAUACUAUGUAUAUACAGGAUAUACUGUAUGUAUAUAUUUUCCCCAAGUGGAAGCUUCCAUGAUCCUAAUAAAUUUAAUCAUUAAAAAUAUAUAUAUACAGUACUGUACAAAAGUUUUAGGCAGGUGUCCUGCCUAAGACUUUUGCACAGUACUGUAUAUAUACUGUAUUUUUCAUUUUCUACAUUUACUUACUUUUUAAUCUUUUAUGAUUUAUUUUAGGAUUUUCUAAAUAUGUAUUUUUUUUAUUUUCUAUGCUUAUUUUCUCUUUAUUUUUUGAUUCUGUUUUAGAAUCACUGACUGCUAUUUUACAUAAUUAUGUAUUCCACCAAUGCUUUUUGUUUGUAUAUUUGAUGAAUGUAAAUUCAGGCAUCAAGGGAUAAAUGGUCAAAACGGCAAGAAUAUAUAAAAUUUUGAACAUAUCAUUCAUUGUACCUUGAAAACAAAAGCCGAGAACAUGUCAGAGCGCUGUUUUGCACUAUGCUGUGAUUGGCCAAUUUGCAUUUAGUUCACGUCGUACAAACUGCUGUGUUAUAAACAAAUCCUUUGUAGGAAUUUCUUUUUCCAGGGAUACAAUCACAUACACUGUUUCUAAUUGUCAUAUUGUUAGUGGAGGAUAAACUCAUUUUGCCAAUUUAGUUUCAUUUCCACUUGCAUGGAUGUGCGUGCUACUUUUUUUUUUUUUUGGUUGCCGUUUUGUAUCACCUGCCAAAGCGAAAAGGACAUUUCUUUUUGUUUUAUUUUUUCAGUGCAGGCCGGGGGAGCGCGGAGUCGUUUACAGACUGAAGUUGGUUUGCGCGUGUCGACAUUUUGCAUGAAAGCGCAAACGUCUUGAGGUCACGGCGAAGGUCCAUUUAGACGCCGUCGUUUGUUUGUCGAUGUUUAUGUGUUCACAGAGGAAGCAGCAUGCCUAACAAGUUUUGAAUAAACUGCUACCAUUACGAUACACGUUAUGGUUUCGAAAAUUUCGUCAUUUUUGAACUCAUUCAUAGAAAAGGCAAUUCACUGUACGUUAUUUCAAUACGGUACACGAUCAUAUAUCAAUGGUUGCUUUCAUUUAGCAAUGUUAAUAAGCUUGUACUAAAAUGUCAGUUGGCCUCAGAUGGACUAGAAACAGACUAAAAUUGUAAAUAUCGUCGAUUGUGCUUUAAAAGUUUCAAUAGAUCAGUGUAGCGAAAAAUUGAAACAAUACAUCCAAGUGAACUUUACUAAUUUGAUUGCAUUCAUUAACUUGGAUAGAAACCUACAAAUCUGUGUCGUCUGCGUACCCAAUUAUUUAUCCAUAACCACCAUUUAAUAAUCCUUAAUAAAAAGGGCAACGUACCAAUGGAUUUUUGCUUUAUUCGAGAAAAAAAAAAAAAUCUAAUCUAAAUACACAACAAAGCAAAAGUUAAAUCUUCAGACAAAAUAUCAGAACUUCUUCGGAACAACAUAACGUAACGUAAAGGCGGGAAAAAAAACGCACUUAAAAGUUGCGUUACUACCAUGUUUUUGGAACGUGUACUAGCUCGCUGUGCGGAUAUCCAAUAUUUUCCUGGCAUGUUUAUGGACAUAAAAUUACGAAUCAUCCUCAUUACGUACGAUAGCUUUAAUGUUACCACCACACACAGUACAAAGGAAUAUUUCACUUAAGUCACAGUUUUCAAACCUGGACGGGAGUUACGGGCAUUUUUGUUUCACUGGAUUUAUUCGUUAACAAUUGGUGCAACUGUUGAAUGAGCGUUGUAGAUAAGAUAACACUCCCUCACAAUUUUUCGAGUUGACUCCGUUCACUUACGGAGUUUUGGCACUGUAUGUCGAUGACACUGUUCUGUGUUUGUUUUGUGGUCUGGUAGGGAAUGGGAAAGGGUUUAAAUUUGAACUUUGGUGUUUAAUGGUCUACUAUUAUUAUUAUUAUUAUUAUUAGCGGUUUUUAAUGUUGCUUUUUUGUGAAUCACGGAGCAGCAGAUUUGCCUUUUUGAACCAGACUUCAAUAGAUGUCCUUCUCAAUAAAUGAAGAAAUGAUCGUAUACAAUUUUCAUCUACACCUGAUGAGUUUUUAUAUUGUUUGCACAGAAUAAUCUUGUUUUGAUGUUUUUCCAUGAAAUACAGUAAGCCCUCUUCCGUUGCGGUUUGCCAUCCCGCAAUAGUUUUAUUUUUUUUCUGCCUUACAUUUAUUUGGUAUGUAAUUCCACUUUCAAUCACUUGAAAGCAGCACUGGGAAUACAGUGACAUCUGGUAAAUUUGACGCAGGAGAACGGAAAUGUGAAGAAUUUCAAUUUACCUGUAGUUGAUCCUUAUUGAAUGUCACGAUUCUUGAUGAUAGAUGUCCAAUGCUGUGGCUAUUUUAAUGCUUCUGCUUUGAAUUUUUAAAUGAGUUUGGCCCUAGGAGAUGUUGAAUCCAUUUGAACAUGGCAGCCAGGUAGCAUAGACAAGUAAAAAUUUGGGUACUGAUGGAUAAACAUGUAUUUAAUCCUAUGUAUAUGAAAGCUUUACAUUGUCGAGAUUAGUGCUGUACGAUAUGACGAUAUAUAUCGCCCAAAUGACAUAACACUUUUCAGCAUUUUACAUUUCAUUAUCGGCAUACUUGUUCAUGCAAUGCACAUUUCGGCCAACAGAUGGAGCCCAGUUUGCGCUGACUUGCUGCAUUGAUAGGAUUCCAUAUGCCACAGUAGUACCAACAAUCAGCAUCAAUCUCCACUCAUGAGUAAAUUCUACUCCUGCCAACCGUACAUGAGUAAUGAAUGUAAGACAAUCGAAAACGGCAAUCAAAUAACCCACACAGUUAACACAAUUCUAGUCACAGUUACUAGAUAAUCAUUACAGUGUUGCCAACCCCCCUAGUAAGGAAAGUAGCUAUUGGCUGUCCUGAAAGUAAAGUAUUUUCUCCCAAUGCAAAAAUGUAAUAUACGUAUAUAUAUAUAUAUAUAUAUAUAUAUAUAUAUAUAUAUAUAUAUAUAUAUAUAUAUAUAUAUAUAUAUAUAUAUAUAUAUAUAUAUAUAUACAUACAUAGAUGGCGGAAAACACUCAGGUCACGUGAAGUUCCGCUCUGAGACCCCCAAUUUUGCCAAAUUUCUAAAUUGUCCUAUAUGCAUGUGUGAUAAAUAAUUGGGAAGCUUAAAAUUUCAAUUUUCUGGGGAAAGAACAAUUUUGAAAAGGAGGGCUUUUUUUUUUUUUUUUUUUUAAAUAAUACUCUACACCCAAACUCAAGCUGAGAGCAUGAGACAGCAUACUUAAAGACGCCGUGAUUUUACCGAAAAAGUAUCGUGUACUUACCUUGUUUCGAUUCAAAAACUCAGUGUAGAAUGUUUUACCGAGUGUCAAGGCACAGCUGUGAAUGGCCACAGCUGGAUUUUUGUGGGAUUUUAUGGGUGAAACACGGUAAUAUAAAAAGGGCCGCGAUGCAGAAACCGCAGACAUAAAGGACUGGUUGAGAUUUUCUUUUUCAAAUAUUUACCCUUUUAAAUGUUUUAUUUUUUUCCAUUUUUUCUUUGUUUGGAUCGUCAUCUAAACUAUCCGGGACAAUGUGACAUUAACAAAAAGAAAUGCAAUUAAGCAGUAGUUAUGAGGUAGAUAUCUGUGACCUAUUUACAGACACUAUUUUUUCCAUUGUGACGUAAUUUGUUUAAAAGUUUAAAAUAUGCGAGUGAAUAAUUUCAUAAAGUCUUUCCCCCCCCUAAAUAUCAGACAUCAAUUAAGGAUUCUAAGCUAAAAAUGAUUGACAUUUCAAAUAAUAAAUAUAAUUUUUUUAUGGCUGGGUUGAAACAAAAGCGGUUGCGAGGUGUCUGUAAACUGGGGCCUUCAGGGUAAAACGGACAAAUUAAAAAUAGUUUGGGGGAUUUAUGCGCCAUGAAACUGCUAUGGCAGCAUAUAGACAUAUUGUUCUAUCAAACACAAGAGUUCUUCUGGCUUAAAAUACAGCAGUUUCUUUUAAAGAGGUUUGCAAGAGCAGAAACUGCUUUUUCAGCCUUUUGUGUUUUCCGCCAUAUGUAUGCAUACAGGGAUCUGAGUAAAGUAUUAAAAGAACCAGAAAAUUUAUUGACUGCUCAGUUUUAUUUAUAACUGUGCAGAAUGGAAAAACAAGCAAUAAAAUUGACUGCACUGUAAACAGAAGCUUGACAAGCUCAACAACUCCAAAACUUAGCUUAAUUGCAGAUUGCAAGCAACUAUCACGUGAAUACCGCCACCUAAUGUACAAGAGUGUGGUGGUUUUUAACUGGUCAGUAUCUUGUUCACCUGAGUAAUCUUUCCGAUACGUCUUGCUGCCUCGAGUGCUCAGUUACAGUAUAGAUGCAGGGGGCUUAUCGAUAGCGCCGGUGGCAUGAAAACAAAACUAUCAAUUCACAUCGAGGAAAAAAAUGAAAACAAACAAAAGUAACGUGGAAGACAGGCGACAAUUUGAAAAGUAGUGGAGUAAAAAGUACAGAUACCUGUUAUAAAAUGUAGUCAAGUAAAAGUAAUAAGUACCACUUCAUAUUUGUACUCAAGUUAGAUACACAAAAAUGUACUUAAGAACAGUAACGAAGUUCUUUUAUUUCAUUUCAUUCCACCUCUGGUUAUCACCAAAUUUGCAUAAUUGUCAAUUUGCCUGUAUUUGUAAUGAACGCUGUAGGAGAGGAAUAAUGUCGUUGGACAAGCAAAAAGUGAGUGGAAAAAAAAAAAGGCGCUAGAUUUGUCGCUAGUCAUUUUUGACACCAAAAAAAGUCACCAAGAGGCAUUAGAAAGUCACCAGAUUUAGCGAGAAAGUCGGCAAGUAGGCAACACUGUGUCUUUACAUUCAUGCUAAAAUAUAUGUUAUAGUGCUGCUACUUCCAUUUACACUGGGGAGUUUUAGGUUGCAGCACUACUUGAUGCACUUAAUAUUUGUGGUAGGUUCUUUUAAUGACAAUUCAAAAAUAAGUUGAAUGGAGGGAAAGCUGUCAUAAUUGUUGUGUAAUUUUGCAGCAAAUAAAUAAAAGUGUGUUAUAUCGUGGCAGCUCGACAUUGUGGUCUAAAAUAGUGAGAUUUUUUUUUUUUUUCUUAUCGCACAGCACUAGUCGAGACAUUAGCAAUUGUUAUUUCUAACUUGAGUCAUGAAAUUUGGACAUGUACUGUAUGUUUAAAAUUUUUCACAUGCCAACAAAACAUGAUUAUGGUAGUUUUUGACAGAUAUGGAUAAAGAUCACAAAUUAUCUGUUAUUUUUUUAACAGCAUGAGUCGUUCCAUAUAUUUGUGAAAGUUCAAAUUCAAGGUUUCGCUUGUACAUCAAUAAUCGAAUCAAAACAUGAAGAGGAUUUUCUACUUUAUGUUCCUUCCAGUUAAUAUGGUCUUUUCAACACAUUUUUAUGUACCGGUAAGUUUUUAAAGAACUCCCUCACAUGUGACUUCACUUCAGAUGUCCAAAAUGAAAAUUGACAGCAAAUUGGUGAGCUUUUUUAGCAUCUGUGUUGUACAUGCUUUCUGUAUUUUUCUUAAUAUUUGGUGCACUGUAAAAGUCGUGCGAGUACUGCUUUGCGUUGACAUAAAGUGUACAGGGAUCCGAAAAGUUGUCGUAUUUACUGUCCACCUCAAACACACCGCCGCCUUUGAAAGCUCCCCCCCAAAAAUGUGUUUGGAUUCAUGUCACUGCUCAUUUUUUGGUUGUUUUCUUCUUUGGAUUCUUUUAGACUCUCUGCUGUUCCUGGGAAUUGUUCGUACGUAUUCACGGAGGAGAGGAAAUCCACAUUCCCAUACACAUUUUGUAUUGGUUCAUAAAUAGACAUUUUUACAAAAAAAAAAAAAAAAACAAGAGUUCUUGUCUUAAUAAAAAAGAAAUGGUAUCAAUGUCCAAAAUAAUCAGUGUUGUUAUUGUUCCUAUAUUGUUUAGAUAUUCAUUUUUUUAAUGAACAAGUGAAAAAAUAAGUGAAUAUUCGCCACUUCCAGUCCAAAUGGACCUUUUGCGCCGUUUUAGGCAGCCGAUGAGUACCCUAUAAAGGGUUAAACCUUGCGAUUUUCUUUCUGUUAAGCAAAAUACUGAUAUACUUUUGAUUUUCAGUAAAAGAAGCUCCUGUAUAUGACAGAAAACACUCAGGUGACUUAAAGUUCCGCUCUGAGACCCCCAAAUUGGCCAAAUUUAAAAAUAGUCCGAUAUGCAUGUGUGAUACAUUAUUGGAAAGCUUAAAAUCUCAAUUUUCUGGUGGAAGAAAAAUUUUGAGCAGGAGGGCCUUUAAAAAAAACACACACAAAAAAAUUAAACAGCAAAACCGCAUCUGGAGGUGAAAGCACGCGAGAGCAGAAUUACAGACGCCAUGAUUUUAAAGUGCCUGUGACAUGAAAAAGCAUGUUUAUUUCAUAAUUCACGUGGUAUUUUCUGCUCCUGAGUGAAAUUGACUGCUUGGAUGUGUGUGUAGGCGAUCGCUAUAUUUUUUUAGUUUUUUUAAUCCCGCGCCAUGAAAAUGAAGUGACUUCCGGCAACAGUCUCGAGGUGAGAAAGAGGGCGCUGUGACGUGUACGGAGGAAGGAGUCCUCUUCACUAUACAGCCGUACUGUUGUAUAAGAAGGACUGAUUCAGCUGAUUUUGCAGAUUAAUACGUUUAUUUUUCGCAUCACGCCAGCCAAACGGCUGCAGAAAAAUCUUGCUGUACGAGGGAGAGGCGUGUGUGCCUUUUUGGGGUUCCAAAAGAUUCCCAUUCACGGGUGGAUAUUGGCCAAAACAAGCCCUACUACUGUGGGACCAUGGGACUUACGAGGAAGUGAGUAAACAUCAUGUUUUGUAUUAUGUCAAAUAUUGGGAUCAUUUUAAUAUGUAGGUGGCUUGAUUUUGGGGCUGACAUGCAUGCGGGGCGGCUAUUUUUCGGCACAACACCGGCGGCUUGUCGCACUUCCACCCGCCGGGAGAACACUAUAUUUGGCUUAUUGUGCUCAUGUGUCCGGUGUUCUGUCAAAUUUUCCGACUGAUCAGAAAUUGCAACUUUGAGUUAAAAAUAGCCGCGAAUACAGUGAUUACAAAUUAAACACUACAAACUUUCUUUAGAUAAAGGACUACUUACGUUUGAUCAUGGAUUGACAUGUAAAUGUUCAGCGGUCAUUGUCCAGCUGCUUCCUCGGCGAGCUUUCCUGUCCGUAUUAGCAGGGGAACGAGCUGUAAAUUGCUCUCCGCCGGGCGGUUUGCCAAUCGGCAAAGACAAUCGACAACCCAAUCGUCAUGUGAAAUAAUCCGGGCUAGUUAUGUGUGAUUUUCCGCUUCGAAGACUUUGAAACAUCACUCGGUUCGGGUUAGCGUGUCGGCUAGCUGUCACGCCUCUUGGUUUGUUUACAUUUUCCAAAGCCGGGGAAGGGAAAUGACAUAAACCCGAUUUAGGUGGCAUAAAAUAUUGUUCCGGAGGUGCGACAGUAAAGGUGAAGUCGACAGUUUUGAUCAUUAUGGAGUAAUUUUGCCAUGUUGUCUUGUAUAAAUGCAUUUUUAUCAUUUCAUAUUCCAUUUAGCACAAGACUGUUAUUUGUCAUGACCAGACUGAAACAAUGACAUUUUGCGGCUCUCUUCGUCACGUUUUCAUCUUUCUGAAUAAUUCCCCCUCAACGGGCUGACUGGUCCUUUUCAAGCCAUUUAUUUAGCUAUUGGGUAAAAAUACUUGGAUAAAAAGAAUCUUCUGUAAAAAUAUUGGAGAGACUGAAACAAUGACAUUUUGCGGCUCUCUUCGUCGUGUUUUCGUCGUUGGGAAUAAUUCCCACUCAAUGGGCUGCAUACUAAAUCAGAUGAAAUCGUGACUCCGCUGACGUCAUCCACCUGUUG